AUGGAUUAUACAAGUGAACCCGUUCAAGAUCUGGUCAAUGAUUCAACUGUUGAAAGCGUAUUUGGUCCUGUUGUGAUUUUCGUGCCAUGCGUUUUUGGUGCAAUUGGUGUAAUCGCAAACUUGUCAAUGAUCUUUGCCGUCCUUUGUAACAUUCAACUACGAAACAUUACCAAUAUAAUGAUAGUGAAUGCGGCAGUAGGGGACAUCAUGGCCAUUCUAAUAAUGCUACCAACUAAUGCAUAUGUAUUAUUACAUUCAGUGUGGCCGUUUGGGGACUUUCUCUGUAAGCUUAGUAACAUGGUAAACAUGUAUUCGUUAACCACGUCAGCCUACUCAUUUUGCGCAUUAAGCACUGACAGAUAUAUGGCAGUAGCAAGGCCUUUAACAUACCGAACACAUCGUAAUCGUCGAAUUACUUUCUGCAUAGUCGCUAUCGACUUGAUCGGAUUGAUAUCCGUCAUCCCAACCUACUUCUUAGCUUACGAACGGUCAAAUGUGUGCUUUUAUCUCGACCAUGGAACGCUAGUGGCAAAAAUUCACGAAAUUGUGUUAUUCAUAUUUGUAUAUAUUAUCCCUUUGCUUAUAAUUAGUGUAAACUAUAUACGCAUUGCAAGUGUCCUAAUGCGAAGCAUACGCCACCAGCUGUUCGAAGGUGAUUCAAAUGCCGCGGUUAAGCAACACGCUACGCGUGUGCGCCUCACGAAAACAGUUUUGCUGAUAAUCGUUCUCUACGGCUUGUGUAUGCUUCCUUAUUAUUUAGCAAAUAUUGUGAUUCAGUUUCUGAAGAUCACAGCCCUAGAAGGGUUCUUUAAAACAAUGUAUUUUCCGAGUUCUAUUUGCUAUGUUCUGGCAACGCUUGUGAAUCCUGUGAUGAUGUUUACACUCAGUAAGACAUACAGAAGACACUUUAUGAGGUGUCCAUGUUUUAAAAGAACUGAAAGGCCUGUCACCGGGAGUAAUAUGAUGACAGCAAUAACGAGAAGGACUGCCGUUAUUGAUCACUAGAUUUAAAUGAAAUAUGAAUUAAGUAUUUUCUUUGACUAUUUUAUAAAGCAAUUGACAUUAUGUCAAAACAAUCCUUCCUGGAUAAUGUUUCAACUUACAAUGGUUGUACAUUCUAAUGCGAUAUUGUAAGUCUGAGCAUGUUGUAGAUUUGAAACUAUACGUAUUCUAUUAGAAGCAAGCUGAUGCCUAUCUAAUAUACUUAUUAGUAGGCCCCUUCUCAUUACCAAGUAUGCUUACUGUGUUUUGUGAAUUCAUUUAUGUUGUGAAUGAAAAUUGUCUAAUGUGGACGGGCAGUAGGCCUACAGUAGCUCUGGUUCAAAGUAAAUGGAAGCUAUUAAAUUUGUUGUCCAUUUUGAAAGAAUGUUUGCUAAUGUACCAAGCAAAGAGCCACCAAAGAUGGUCAUAAUAUACAAUGUACAUGAAGAUAAUGCAUAUG